AUGUCAUCAUCAAAUCAACAAUCAUAUUCUAAUCGUAAUCAAGACCAAUAUCAAAGUGCUUCACAACAAAUGGGAGGUGCUGAUUGUAAUCGUCAAGCAGCUAAUCAAGGACUAAAUGAUGCUCGCUUGUCAAACCAAACUGAUCAAAUUCAACAAAAUUCGCAUCGUGGUUUAGAUUCAAACAACCAAGGAUGGUCACAACAACAAUACCAACAACAAAGUGGUUCACGUGGUGCUGGCACCUACCAACAACAAAGUGGUUCAAAUGCUGCUGGCAGCUACCAACAACGUCAAUAA